UUUUAUGAACUCUUUGUACUCUCAGUGAAUACAAAAAGAGGCCUGAAAUGCAGAAUCAGCUCAAUCUAGAUGAAGAAGGAAGUGCCAACGGACUGUGUAUUGACAGAUUGAGGUAAAGUUUUCUCGACACUAAAGGAAGAAGAAAGAAGGUCAGAAUCCAGGCUAUCCUUAACAUCACAUUUUGAACUGUUAAUCACAGUUAUUAACUGUGCAAGUUAACUCUCACAUUUAAAAGACGGGAAAGAGCGGACAAGAAGCAAGUGGACCGGUGAGCGACUGAGGAAGCUUGUGAUUCGCACCUCGUCAGACUUCUCUAGCAGACACACCCUCAAAAUGACUCGCUCCGUGAGAGAGGUGUUGAAAGAGUACAUGUCAGAGCGGAGGGUCCGCAAAUAUCGCCUGGUGACCAAAGAUGGCCGCUGCAACAUCGAGUUUGGCAACGUGAUGCACAGAAAUCGCUUUGCAUAUGUCCUAGACAUAUGGACCACCUUCGUAGAGACCCGAUGGCGUUUUGUCAUCUUGCAUUUUGUCGCAUCCUUCACCCUCAGCUGGUUUAUCUUCGGCCUCAUCUGGUACUGGAUCGCCAGAGACAACGGUGACCUAGAGUGGCAGAAUCCACCCAAUAAUCACACGCCAUGUGUUUACAGUGUCACCGACCUGACUUACGCCUUCCUCUUCUCGCUGGAGACCCAGACCACCAUCGGCUAUGGCAAUCUGUACGUGACCAAUGCCUGCACGGGAGCCGUGGCUCUGAUUAUAAUUCAGAGUCUUAUGGGUGCCAUAAUCAACUGCUUCUGGUGCGGCGUGGUUAUGACAAAAAUCGCCCUGCCCAAGAAGAGAGCCAAGACCAUAACGUUCAGUGAAUCCGCAGUUAUCUGCCCUAAAAAAGGCACUCUUUGCCUUCAGAUCCGCGUGGCCAACCUGCGCAAGACCCUGAUGAUUGGCAGUCAGAUUUACGGCAAGCUGUUGAGGACCACAAUCACCCCUGAAGGUGAGACCAUCAUCAUGGACCAGGUCAGCAUCGACUUCAUGGUGGAUGCCGGCAAGGACAACCUGUUUUUCGUGUGCCCUUUAACUCUCUACCACGUCAUCGAUAAAACCAGCCCGUUCUUCGACAUGGCCGUGGACACUCUGCAUCAGCAGGAGUUUGAGCUUGUGGUGUUUCUCGAUGGCACGGCCGAGUCCACCAGCUCCUCCUGCCAGGUCAGGACUUCCUACAUCCCUCAGGAGAUCAUGUGGGGAUACGACUUCCUCCCUAUCAUCUCCCGCAGCAAAGAGGGAAAAUAUCGCGUGGACUUUUCCAAUUUCACCAAAGUGGUGUCCGUACCGACCGCUCAUUGCGCCUACUGCUACCACAAUGAGGCAGGACACCAUCACCACUCCAUAACUGGCAUUGAUAACCAGGGCUUUGAGGUGAUUGACAUUGAGCCGCCCAGCAGCACCAAAAUGUAAAGCUUUUUGACUGACACGUACUGUAUCUAUUGCUUGGAGCAACAUUGCGAGGUCAACAUCUUGCACUAUACCAGAAGCACUGGACAUAAAUGCUUUUUGUCUCUCAAAGUGAGCACAAGGAGCAAGAUGAGUGUUAUUAUGUCUUGAAAUACCCCUUAUUUUAGAAAAACUGCAAAAUGAUGUCUUGAGAGAGUAAAAGUGGAGCGCCCAUAUUGCAGUUAUUAUUAUUAUUUUAUAGCGACUAGCAUUCAAAACUGUGUCAACUGUCUCUUUGUUCUGGCAAUAUCAGAAGUAUAAAGUGUGAAUGGUCCUAGAACUGUCUUCUGUUACAGGGUCAUUGUGUUAGGAGUUGUGAGUAUUAACUGGAAGUUUAUUAACACAAGAUUGACUUUUAUAGAAAGAGAGGAGCAAUAAAAGUCAAAGAUGAACUGAUUUCAAAUACCAAUGAACCAGCAGAUGCUUUUAUGCUCUGAAUAACUCUGGGAUGGUAUGUUCCUUUGUAAAUUAAUAGAUAUUGUUAAUAUUGUAUUAUUGAAUUUGUAAAUGUCAUUUGUAAUAUGUAAAUAUCAGUUUUUUAUAAUUAAAAAAAUAUUUAACUGGAA